CCGAGUAAAAGUCAGUAGUCAACGAAGAGGCGGAAUCAAAACGUGCUCAUUUAUCUUUAUUUACUACUAUAAGCUUCUUACUUUCCCACCACUUGUCACGCAGCUUCCACCCAACCCCCACACGCACCCUUAUAUAAAACUUACGCCCACUCUCAUUCUUUCAUCAUCACUCAACAAUUUCUCAUACUACAACUUCACAUCUCUACCAAAAACAAAAACACUCUCUCUUUCCUUAUACCUUGAAAGAAAAACAAUGGCCCUUGAAGCUCUCAACUCUCCGACCACCCCCACGCCGCCGUCCUUCAAAUUCAACACCAACUACCUUGAGCCGUGGUCCAAGGGCAAGCGAUCCAAGCGCUCCCGCAGCCAUGAUCAGCCGCCCACGGAGGAAGAGUAUCUUGCUCUCUGUCUCAUCAUGCUCGCUCGAGGUGGCGCCGCCACCUCCACCUCCGCGUCGCCACCGCAGCCGCAGCCGCAAUCCCGCCUUCCGACGGAAUCUUCUAAGCUGGUUUACAAGUGCUCGGUUUGUAGCAAAGCGUUUGGAUCCUACCAAGCCUUGGGCGGCCACAAGGCCAGCCACCGCAAGCUCAACUCCGGCACCGGCGGAGACGAGCACUCCACCACCUCCGCCUCCGUGCUGACCUCGACGACGACCUCCGGCAGCGGGAGAGUCCACGAGUGCUCCAUCUGCCACAAGUGCUUCCCCACCGGCCAAGCCUUGGGAGGACACAAGCGCUGCCACUACGAAGGCGGAGCUCCCAGCGCCGUCGGCGGCGCCGCUGCCACCUCUUCGGAGGGCGUGGGGUCCACUGUUAGCCACCGGGACUUCGACCUGAACCUGCCGGCGUUCCCUGAGUUCUGGCAGAGAUUCGGCGGCGCCGGCGAAGACGAAGUCGAAAGCCCCCACCCGGCGAAGAAGGCGCGGCUUUCGCCGCCGGCAAAGUUGGAAUUUGUUUGAAUAAUUAGGAGAUUGAAAUUAUUAGGAAGUUGAUAAUUGAUUAUUUAUUUAUUUAUUUAUUUUUAAUAGUAGUAUUAGUUUUCAUUGGUGGUGGAAUUUUGUUUGUAAAUAUAAGUGGGAAAACAGUGGUAGUCAUUAUUUAUUGAUUCGUUAAUUUAUUUGUGAGACAACAUAUUGUUUUCACAUUGAGCAAUAUAAUGACAGGUUGUGAUAUUGUUGAAA